ACUGCGCAGACCCGGUUUCACUCGCUCGCGUGCCUCGCUCGGCUUCCUCCGCGACCAUGUCUGACAAACCCGAUAUGGCUGAGAUCGAGAAAUUCGACAAGUCGAAAUUGAAGAAGACAGAAACGCAAGAGAAAAAUCCACUGCCUUCCAAAGAAACGAUCGAACAGGAGAAGCAAGCCAGCGAGUCGUAAUGAGGCGUGCCCCGCCGAUAUGCACUGUACAUUCCACAAGCAUUGCCUUCUUACUUUACUUCUUUUAGCUGUUUAACUUUGUAAGAUGCAAGGAAAUUGGAUCAAGUUCAAAUGACUGUGCUGCCCUUUUCUCACAUCAAAGAACUACCGACAACGAAGGCCGCGCCUGCCUCUCCCAUCUCCCUGUCUGGCUAGCAGGAAAGGAAGAGCUGGGUGGGACGACAGUGAAGUCUAGAGUUAAUACCAAGCUGGUCCAAGGUGUCCUCCAAGCUUUAAAAGGUGUUUAAUCA